AAUAUUUUAAUAGUAAGUAUCUACUUUCAAAAUCAAUUAAUUGUAAAAAUCAAUAUUCUUUUAGAAGUUAUGAGUUCAUAAAGUGGUUAGUAAUCAAAUAGUAAUUUGAGUGAAAGAUAGGUCUUUUAGGAAUAAGACGAUUAGAGAAUCACAGGAGAUGAUUGGAAAUUAGAUUUAAGUUAAGAAGAUAGGGAUCUCGCUAAUGAAGUCGAAGAUAAGUUGAAAGAAGUAUAAAAACAAAUGGAAAUUAUAGAAUAAAAAACAAAAAUGCUCUAAAACAGAAUGAAUUUCCCAUUUGGAGGUUCUGGAAGUAUGCCAAAUAUGGAAUAAAUAGUUGACAAGUAGAGAUAAGAAUAGUAAUAGACUUCUGAUUCUCCAGAAGCCAUGCCUAUGCCACCUAAGAUAGAUUACAAAGAUUUUCCUGUUAUAGAUUCAAGAGGAAACCUAGUUUAAAGUAGAGAACAAGUCAUAGAAAGAUACCACAAUUCUCUUCCAUUUAUCAGAUGUUUGGAAUUACCAUUCUGUUAUGUAUAAAUUAAAAAGAAAAUUUAAUUUUGGACAGUGUCUUCAGUAGGCUUGAGCUUAUUAUAUAGUUCCUUCUAUUUAGUUAAAGAUAGAAAACCCUUAAAGACAAUAUAAUUUAAACCUGUAAUUAAACAUGCUGGGCUUAUAUUUUUAGUAGGAUCUCUAUUUAGCACUUUAGAGACUAUCUAUUUUAACGAUUAUUGUGAUAUUAACAGCUAUCAUUAUUAGGAUAACAAUAGAGCAGAAACAAUUAAAUACUUAAAAUAAAAAAUUUUAGCAAGUCAAAGAAGAUAAUGA